CCACCGGCGUUACCAUCUCCAAUUACGGCCACUCCUGCGAAUUCCUUGCUGCGCGUCACCGAAUACAAUGUCUCACAUUGGGGCGAAGCGAGAUACGCAUGUAGUACCAUGGGACGUGUUUUGUGUUCAUUACCCCAACUACAAUUCGCUAAAACUUUGAACGAAAGCAUGGCCCCUAAGCAGUGGGGUUGGUAUGAAGAUCCGAAUCGUGCAGCGAGAAUUGAGACUUGUCAACCGGGUCAGAGAAAUUGGACCGGGUAUGUCUGCUACAAUGGAGCUGCAGCCACCACACAAAUAUUUAGCACGGCAUCGAUACCAGCGUUAUGUUGUGGCUCGGUUAAUGGGGCUCGGUAUACAAGCCUAGCUCACAGCUCGAGUAGAUCAGCAGACGCAGAUUGUAAACAAGAUAACCAGCAUUUGUGCACGAUGGUUGAAAUGAUGACAGUUUGGGAUCAGAGCACGUAUAAAGGUUACGACUGGGGUUGGUUUGGAGACGGCACGAAACUUAUAAAGAUGGUUCAUCGUUGUGAUCCUGGAAUUGUCCAGUUUCCAGGCUACAGAUGCUGGUAUGGGAGAUUGGUGACCCAAGAUAUUGCGUCACAGGUUCAACAGAGAGCGUUUUGCUGCCAGACAAGCUCAGCGUAUUUAGUUAGAGCCACUUUACCCGUUGCCUUGUUUUGCUUAAUAUUUUCGAUAUUUAUGCACUUGUGAUUGCUUUUUUUGUAAAUAAAUUGAAAUAUAUUUAUUAGUAAUUAUUGU